AUGGCGGACGCUACUUGGUCAGCCUUUCACGGCACUUUAACAUCGCUGACGGCUCGAGACUGGGCAGUAGCUCUUGUAUCGGCGUGGUUUGUGUUCAAAGUUCUGCAGGCGUUAUAUAAUGUCUCGCCUCUUCAUCCGCUGAGCAAGAUCCCUGGUCCGAAACUCGCUGCGGCUACAUACCUACCUGAAUUCUACUACGAUGUGAUCCUCGUCGGUCGCUAUACCCAUACCAUCAAGCAAAUGCACGAAAAAUAUGGCCCCAUUAUCCGCAUCAAUCCCAAUGAGCUGCACUGCGCCGAUAUGUCCUUCUCGGAUGAAAUCUACGCUGUCGGCGGUCGCAAACGCGACAAGCCCUUCCAUCAAGUCAACGGCUCAGCAGCUGGUACAGGAAACGCUUUUGGCACCCCUGAUCACGAUCUCCAUCGCGCAAGACGUGCGCCCGUCGCCAAGUUCUUCUCACGCGCUAUGAUCGCACGUCUCGAGCAAGAAGUCCACGACCUAGCGCAAAAGCUCUGCAACAAACUUCUGGCCGAGAACAGGGAUGAAAAAGAUCGCAAACCUUUCGAAAUCGCUCAUGCUUACAGUUGUUUUACUUCUGAUGCUAUUUCGAGCUACUGCUUCGGCGAAGCUUUUGGAUUACUGUCGCGAAAUCAGUGGCAGCCUAAUUACCGCGAAGCUACUCUCGCGGUUCUCAAACCAGUGUUCUUUUUUCGAUUUUUUCCGAUUCUUGUUUCUAGCGUUAAGCUGGGUAAAUAUUUUAUUAACGUUCUUCCGACUGAUAUAGCGCUUCUUAUUCGAACUUUACAAAUCGACAUUCCUUCGCGUGUCCAAAAGACGAAGAAUGAACUGGAUGCAGGCAUUGUCUAUGAUCGACCUACGAUUUUCGCUGAUCUACUGCAAUCUGAGCUAGAUGAUAGCGAGAAGAAGCAGGAUCGUCUUGUUGAGGAGGCUGUUACUAUUGUCAACGCCGGGACUGAGACGACGAGCUGGGCUUUGGCUGUGAUAACAUUUUUCCUCUUAUCGCAGCCUGAAACUUUGAAGAAGUUACAAGAUGAACUGAAGCAAGUUGUUGACGAUCCAUGCCACUUACCUUCAUGGACGACACUAGAGCAGCUUCCAUAUCUUGGAGCUGUGAUCAAUGAGGGUCUACGUCUAUCAUACGGAGUUUCUAGUCGCACAGCUCGAGUGCCGACAACAGAAGACCUCGUUUACAAGGGAGAAUUCAACAAGAAGCCGACGACUUUGGUGCUGCCUCGAGGUUAUGCAAUUGGCAUGUCAGCGGCUAUUGCACACCACGAUGAGUCUGUCUUCCCAGACUCGUAUACCUUCGCUCCCGAACGAUGGAUCGAUGAGGACAACAAGCUCAGAAAGGAUCUGGAGAAGCCUAUGAUUGCAUUUUCAAAGGGCAGUCGUGGAUGUCUUGGUAAAAAUCUUGCAUUAUGCGAGCUGUACCUCUCUCUUGCAGCUCUGGUCUUGAGAGUGAUGCCCUGCAUGCGUCUGUACGAAACGACGGAGAAGGAUGUUCGCUAUGACCAUGACAUGUUCAUUCCGAUGACGGAGAGUGGAAGUAAUGGAGUCAGAGUAAUCAUUGAGAGCUAG